UUGUGUUUUUGUGUUCCUAGUAUGGUCACACUAGAAAAACAUUAUGGAAGAUAAACAGAAAAUAUAUUUUUAUAGAUAGAACUACCAAAAAACUUUGACUAAGAGGUGGUUAAAUUUUUCACAGUUUUAGUAUGUAAAAAACGAAUUUGAAAAAUCUAAAAAGCACUAUACUGAAAUAUAUGUGCCCACUCAUUAAAUUUGUUCGCAAAUAUGAAAUUUUAAACGUGUAACACUAAGUAACUAAAAUUCCAUAAAACACGUGCCUGCGUGCAUGCGCGCAUACGACAAAUCUUAUGCUUAUGAUCUGCAUAGUACAAAAGUUAAUGUCCAAAAACACGGAUAAUAUGGCCUGCGAACGAUAUGGAAUACUUGCUCAAAAUGAAUACUACGAGGAUGAUAUGAAUUUUGAAGACCUAAAAAAAAAAAAUUGUUUGGGAAUACCAAAUGUUCGUAUUCCGGAUGAUAAUACCCCAAGCGCUAUCGAAAAUGCAUGCAGAAAUAAAAGUUUGGAUUUUGGAUUUGAAUCAGAGGACAAUUUUGGUGAUAAUAUAAAUUUUAACUCCAAUCAACUAUUAAAAUCAUCGGAAUUGUUUAAAUCAAAAUUAAAAAAUAACUUUGGAUAUCAAAUGGAUAUGAAAUAUUACAAAAACCACAGUUUCUCGGAAAAACAGAAAAAUGUUAAGACUGGGGUAAAUUCUUUACCUAUUGAUAACUCAGCACUUGCCGAUGAUUCUACUUUAUUAGGAUCGGAAACAUCAAUUACAAUUCAAAAUGGAAAAUCAAGACGCUGGGAACAAAAACAGGUUCAAAUAAAAACUAUGGAAGGAGAGUUUAGUGUAACAAUGUGGGCAUCUGGAACAUCUGAUGAUGAAUAUUCUGGGUCUGAUCCAAACAUUUGCGAUUCGGAAGUAUUGAAAGAAAAUUAUGUGUAUACAGAUGAAAUUGUGGUACAAAAACGGAAAGACAGUAUUCGCGUAGAAUCCUUAUUCCAUCAAGGUGUAUUUUUACCUGAAUCCCAUAAAUUAGAAUUACAGACCAAAUUGGAUUCGCUUCCAAUAAUAGAACAACAGGAAAGACAACAGAAAGGUGGAGGUCAAACAAAUAAUAUGAACUCAAAUAUAAAUACUAAAUCAACAACUAUCUGCGAAGAUACUGCGGCGAUUACGUCAGAAAAUCAAAAUAAUUUAAAAAGUGAUACUGGAUGUGAUGGGCAUAUGUCAAACAGAACCUUGCCAUUUGGACUUGAUAUACAGGAAAGAAUUCAAACAACUAACUUAGCGUCCCCAUAUAGUGAAAACAUAGGUUCAUCAACGGCGUCAACUGAGCUGAAUUACAAUAUAUCACAAGAAAUUCCAUCCACCCCGAAUGACAAGAAAAUAGCUUGCCCACAUAAAGGUUGUCACAAAAAUUUUAGAGAUUCUUCUGCAGUGCGAAAACAUUUACACACCCAUGGCCCUAGAGUUCAUGUGUGUGCUGAAUGUGGAAAAGCUUUCGUAGAAAGUUCAAAAUUAAAAAGACAUCAGUUAGUUCACACCGGAGAAAAACCCUUUCAAUGUACCUUUGAGGGAUGUGGCAAACGGUUUUCACUCGAUUUCAAUUUGAGAACGCAUGUACGAAUUCACACUGGAGACAGGCCUUUUGUUUGUCCUUUUGAUGCCUGCAACAAAAAAUUUGCUCAAUCCACAAAUUUAAAAUCGCACAUUUUAACUCAUGCAAAAGCAAAAAGGAAUACGACAUCAAAUGGAAGUACACGUCAAGAUUUAGCUUCUUUUAUGGACUCAAGUGAAGAAAAUACUACAAAUUUUAUUAAAAUAGAGUUACAUAACAAUAUCAUGGAUAAUCAUGUCCCUUAUGUUGUAUAUGCUGACUAAAUGGAAUCUAUCUAUUGGAAAUCCCCAGUUGACAAAUUCUAUCCAUAAAAAAAUAUAUACUUUUAUCAAAAAUUUUAUACAAAUGUAAAAACUUAUUUUAAUCAAUGAUUUUGAAGCGCAAUUAGAUGUAAAUUAAAAACAUAGAAAUAUAUAUUUAUAACUAAGUUAUUUUAUGAAGUCCAAAUAAAUGAAAACCGAAAUUUAAAUCUUAACUAAA